CCGAAAAACAUUAUCGGCCAAUAAUCUCCUCGUCAUUGACCACUUCUCAAGAAAAGUAGUCAUUCGGUUUAGAACAUUGAGACAAAAUGGACCGUCGACCAGGUCGGUCUCCCUCAUUGCUGGGGUUGGAAGGGUCCUUUGCCCUGAUACGGUUCUUAAUGGUGGGCCUUAAACUUUUGACAAUCGAUUUGCCACUAUCUUGGAUGUUUGAAAGGGCCAGCAAGGCAGUCACCUACCAAGAGGCCUUCUCAUCCGAGGAGUUGGAUCGAAAGUUGUUCCUAAGGUUGGGUCAGAACUAUGAUGAACCCAAAGCUUGGUCUGAUGCUAACCCCUGGUUAUUGGGCCUAGAUCGGCUUUCACUGGAGACACUGACCUGGCCGUGGUCUCAAAUUUGGAACUCUCAAGAUGCAUGGAAAUGGAAAUCCACGUGGGAUGAGAUCGUGUCAAAAAAACUAGAGGAAGAGGACAGCCGCAGCUCCAGCUUUUCGUCAUCGUCGAGUGACCAUCUUGAAAAUGAAUCUCCUGUUCCAAGAGAUGCCAAACGUAUUUCGUUCAUUGAGAAUAAGGAGCCACAGAUGGUCCCGUUUAAGACUAUUCCGAUCCCAAAUGCAGAGGAGCCGCAAAAAGAUAACCACUCGAAUCCUCAAUUGAAGCCUCCUCGUCAUGAGAACAUAUCACAAAUGUUCAAGGAAAUGGAACAAAGAGCAGCCUUAAGACAACAAACACGGUCCCUAUUUGAUCCGCUUGAAGCCCAUGUUCCACCCAAAACCAAGAGCAUUUCGGAAUUGAAGCCCACUACCCAAGAACAUAAACCCUUGGCAAAGUUGAAACCCGCCUUGAAUUUGGAGCACAGCCGGGAAUUGGAACCCGCUCCGGAAUUGGAACCCGGUUUGGAUUUAGAGCCCGCCCCGGAAUUAAAGCCCUCUCCAGUUCUGGAACCGACUCCAGAAUUAAAGCUUACGUCGAACUACAAGCCCAAUCCCAAGUCCAAGCGAAUCGUCUCUCCCUCAAGGGCCAAGUCUCCCAAGGUCGCCGAAUUAUGUUCAAAAUUCGAGUCCACCAAUGCCAAUGGAACCGAAGCGAAGCUCUUCAAAGUAAAGGAAAUGCCCCAAGGGGCAGUUGUCCGAAAGGCCAAAGUAGUGACCAAACCUAGCGCAAAUGGCGCAAUAUCCCAAUCUGACAACUCCCUCGAGAAGCAUGAUGAUGACACAGCCAGUGGAAUAAUGCCCAACAGUUCCACUGUCAUUCCCAAGAUCGUAAUCCGUUCCUAUGAAGAGCGUUGCGCCACUUUGCCACCGCCUCCCAAACCAGUCACGAUGAGACAUGAUCCUGUUUCAAAGCCCAGUCCCAAUCCAGGACCUCUUCCAAAACCAACCUUGGAGAAAGCCAUUCCGAGACGCCCCAAUCCUCGUCCAAGGAUGGAAUUCCACUACCAACCGCCAAUUGCCGUCACCAAGGACUCCAAGGCUCAUUUGCAUCAUAGUUCCACCCCCAUUUUGACUUCCAUCCAAACUCUAGAGGAUCAACCGGAAGGUGCCAAUUGGAACAGCACUUGGGAAUUGGGAUCCAAUUCCACACUGAGAGAGGCAAGCCACCAAAACCAAGAGUCGCUUGGCUCCGAAUCAACUCCGGGGUUGCCAGCAACAAGCAGAACAAAGAUGACCAAAAUGGCCAAAUGGCGGAGGAAAAUCUUCGAUAAACAACGAAUUCACCAUACCAAAAUUUGACUCGACAAAAAUGAUUAGAUGCAAAUGCGACAUUACCAAAUUGACAAUGGAAUAAAG